AUGUAUUUCAUUCUUGAAACUUGUAUUUACAUGCAUUCAGCGUUUGUGCUUAUUGAUUAUCAUCUCGACAACAAUAAACUCAAUCAACUGGAUUCAAAUGAUAUUGAACAGAUUAUAUUAGCUCGUAACACUUAUUCUGAAUCCAUCAAGCUCAUUAGUUGCGCUGAUAAUUUACUCUCUUUUUUGAUUACUGGAUUCUACAUAUUUUUUGUUGGCUAUUGUUUUGCCAUUAUUGGACAAUUUUCAAUGUCUGAUGGCACAUUCAUAGAUGUCUUAACUGUCAUCUUCAGACUGUUCGGUGAAACCAUUUAUAUUGGCUCGAUGACACAUUACCUUGUAAACAUUAAUAAGCUUUCUGAUAAAAUAUUUGAAAAGGUUUAUUCUCUGACUUUGAACAGGUCAAGAACAGUUGAAUAUAAUGAUGAGAUCAAUCUGUUUCUGCUUCGAGUUGGUCGAAAUGAUGUUGGAUUCAGAUUUGCCAAUCUGUUCGUUAUGACACCAGCUUUUGUCUCUUCUUUGGCCACCAUUUCAUUGACUUUGGUUUUAACUCUUCCGAGUUUAUUGCACUAGAACUAUGAAAUUCUUUUAAUCGUUAGUAAGAACUGUGACUCGAAAUGCUUGUGAGAAUGCAAAAGGGAAGAUCAUUUAUGACAAUAUAAUUAUUUUUCUGAUAAAAUACUUUGAGAGUACACAUGUAUAAUAAUGGGUCGCUCUAGUACAAUUCAAGUUUUCGCAUCACAAUUUUGCAUAAAAAUUCUUCGAUCCCUUUCUUUCUUUUUUUCAUUUUACUGUACAUAAUGAC